AAUAUAAAAUGUCUGCCGACAGAGAAGUUUUAGUUUUGAGAGGUACCUUGGAGGGCCACAACGGUUGGGUCACUUCUUUGGCCACCACCCCAGCGCAGCCAGACUUGUUGUUGUCUGCUUCCCGUGAUAAGACCUUGAUCUCUUGGCAAUUGACCAGAGAAGAAGGCUCUUACGGUGUUGCUAAGAAGUCCUUCAAGGGUCACUCCCACAUCAUUCAAGACUGUACCAUCUCCCCAGAUGGUUUGUACGCCUUGUCUGCCUCUUGGGAUAAGACCUUGAGAUUGUGGGACAUCCAGACCGGUGUCUCCACCAAGAGAUUCGUCGGCCACACCGGUGACGUUUUGUCCGUCUCUAUCUCUAAGAACUCCAGACAGAUUGUUUCCGCUUCCCGUGACAAGACCGUCAAGGUCUGGAACACCAUCGGUCAGUGCAUGGAAACCUUGCACGGUCACUCCGACUGGGUCUCCACCGUCAAGUUCUCUCCAGAUGAGGCUUCUAACUCGAUCAUCUCCGCCGGUUGGGACAAGUUGGUCAAGUCUUGGGACUUGUCCGACUACUCUCCAAAGGCCGACUUCGUUGGCCACUCCGGUUUCGUCUCCACUUUGACCGUCUCCCCAGAUGGUUCUUUGUGUGCUACUGGUGGUAAGGACGGUGUCAUCAUCUUGUGGGAUCUCUCUUUGUCCCGUACCUUGUACUCCUUGACCUCUGGUGACGAAAUCUACUCCUUGGCUUUCUCUCCAAACAGAUACUGGUUGGUCGCUGCCACCUCUGCUGGUAUCAAGAUCUUCAACUUGGAAGAACGUAAGUUGAUGGAUGAGCUUAAGCCAGAAGUUUUGGGUGCCAAGCAGCCAGAAGCCAUCUCCUUGGCUUGGUCCGCUGACGGUCAGACUUUGUUUGCCGGUUACACCGACAACGUCAUCAGAGUUUGGCAGGUCAUGACCUCUUCCGCUUAAAUUUUCCCCUGAAUAUUUAAGCGUCUGGUCGUACAAUUUUUUUGGAAGUUUUUAAAGUAU